UCCUAAUCUCCUAUAUAAAAUACUUUUUGCCUUCAGAUCUUCAUCUUCUUCACCGGAUCUGCUGAAAAACCUAUAUCUAGAAGCAUAAAAUUAAAAAAACCUCCAUGAAGGAGGACUUCCAGAUCGGAAGAAGAUAAACAACCAAAAAGGGUGGGCAGAAACUCCUAUACAGAGGAGACUAGCAAGGAGAUAAAACAAGAAAACUAAAAAUUUGGACCUCCACUGGUGGAUGAGGGAAAAGAAAGUUUUUUUUUUUUUGGUGUAGAAACGGGUGCAGAGAAGGCAGAGAGAAAGGGAACGGAUUCAGAGCUGACUUAUUUAGUCAUAUUCUGUUUUCUCCGUUAACCGCCCACCAUCUCACACAUCCGCCUUGCGCAUCGGCGUCUACUUCCGUACUUGUCGGCGUCAUUGAUUCGAAGUAUCGCUCUGCUAUUCAUCGACUCGGUCCGGGCCUCCGAUUCCGUUAGACGGCGGCGGUAGAUCUCAGUACGACGUUACAUUGACCAGAUCCGGGCGUGCUGACUCCUGUUCAGUCGAAUCCGAGUCCCAAGUUUCUUCUACAAAAUUGGGUGGAGGCAUUAACACUUUUGUCUAAUCAGAUGUUAGAGAACAAUGAUAUUUUGUCUGAGAUUCUCCUCAGAGUUGAUCCCGGAUGUAUUUUCAAUUACAUCCUUGUUUCUAAGCGAUGGCUUGAAUUGAUAACGAGUCCAUAUUUCCAGCAAGUUUAUCUGAAGAGAUGGUAUAUAAAGGGCUGCCAUCUUAAAGUCAUAGGAUUUCUGGUUUACAAUCUUCCAUAUGUGGAUAAUAGUCGGCCUUAUCCAUCACCACCUGCUGUUCAAUUGCUGCCUACGAGCAAAUUUGGACGUGAUAUCAACCGAAGUAAAUUCAUGGGUCAUGCUGGUUAUUUCAUUGCCGCCACAUCUGAUGGUUUCAUUCUAUCUGGUAAACAUCCACAGAGGUACUAUGUCUGCAAUCCUAUCACCAAGCAGCGCAUGCAAUUGCCUCAACCUCCAGUGCUUCAUAUGGAUGUCGCUAUAGCGAUUUUAUCAUGUGACAAGGAGGAACGGGUUUUUGAUACUCAGGAGAGAAUGAAAAACUUUGAGGUUAUGUAUGCUGAAUCCAAUUUUUUUGAUGAACCAGAUGAUAAUACUGUGUCCAUCCAUACUUUUUCUUCAUUGACAGGCCAAUGGUAUACAUCCACACUUUCUUGCUCCACUCCUUUUUCCCUGUGCCGGGGAGUUGGCACGGUGGCUAGGGGUUUUGUGUAUUGGAUGGCCAGAGUAGGUUGUGUUCCCUAUUUCGCGGCAUUUGAUACUAAAAGUAUUAAUGAUACUGGACGCAUCACUUUGAUUAUGAAACCAUGGUCUACUAUGGACUCCUGGUUUACCUCGCACAAAGAGCUUCCCAGUUAUCUUGGUGUGUCUUCUGAAGGCUUUCUCCAGUAUGCAGCAAUUCACUAUCGGGGUGAAUUAUGCAUUUGGGUCCUUAGUGACGAUAAUUUUGAAGGUCAAACAGAUUUUGAUGCCCAAGGUACUCGGUGGAGAGUUUGCUACAAGAUAGAUAUUUUUUCUAUGAUGAUGGGAAAUUCAGCAGUGUUAUCCGCAUGCCAUAUUGAAAUUGGGCGGAGGACGCCGUUUGUAUUUGUAGCAUUUGUUCCGGGAAAGUCAGACUCUGUCUUUCUACGUUGUGAAGAAUAUUUCUUUAUCUAUCAGUAUCUCAGCCAGAAGUUGGAAAGAAUCCAUUAUGACCUCGAUAAUUAUAGUUUUCCAUUUGCGAGGCAGCGAGAUCGGUGUCAUGGCUUGUACCAUCCAUUCACAGUCUCGGGAGCUUGGCCUUCUUCCCCUUUGUAGCUUUAGAAUAGUAAUUAUUGUCUCUGUAUCAUAGAAUAAGCUUUAGAAUAGUAAUUAUUGUCUAAUGUAUCAUAGAAUAAGCUUUAGAAUAGUAAUUAUUGCCUCUGUAUCAU